AUGGCCACAAGGAAGGUGGACACUCCCCUGAUAACCGAAUCAAACUUGCCAUUCAGCGCUGGCCGACGAGGGUCGAAUGGUGCAGACCCUGACCCUGGAAAUCUUUUCCUCCUUGAUCUUAUUGCGCCAGUCUUGAAAGGCGAGUAUAAGAGCGAAGACAAACCAGAACGAAGCCCAACUUCAACUUGCUCGACUCAAGUCAAGAUGAAAUCUGCUCUGCUUCAAAUCGUCGCUCUUUGCCUUGCCACCGGCUUUGCUUCUACAUUGACGGCUGCUGGCCCGACCACCACUACCGCUAAGCCGGGCACCACGACUACCAAGCCGGCCGGACCUGCGACGACAAGCACUUCCACCAUCGGAGCAGGUCCUACUCAAGCGCCAUCGCUUUCCGAUGCGCCGAGCUCAUAUGCGGCUUUUGGCUCGGUUGUCAGCAAGUGGGCUACGCAGAACGAAUGGGUCGGUAAAGAAGGAUCCGACAACUUGCCCGUGCUGCUCAUUCCUACGGCAAAUACCAGCUCUCCCAGCGAUACAGCCCCAGUCCGAGUGCAAUUUGGUUCUGGAUAUUUCGAGGUCGACACGAUCUACAGUAGUGGAAGCAACUUCCUUCGCAACACGACCGUCUCUAUUCUUGUCCCACUUUGGGGCCUCACCAAUCUUUCUGGACCACUCGACAUUCCGCUCAGUCCUCCGGUCGACAUUCCUGUGGCCAUCCCCGGCACUCAGAUCAAUGGAACUAUUACCUUCUUCCUUGAUCCGACCACAAAAAGCGAAGUCCUCAUGGGCUGGAAGCUCUUCACUCCUUUUGCCGGCAAUCUUGAUGAGAAGGGCCUCAGCGUCUUCCCCGACAAACUCAACACCUAUUUCUCUCAAGCGCAACUCGAGGGCACUCGCCAAUUCACGGACGCUGAACUCAAAGCACUCAGCAAUCCUCCUGCCAAGCUCGUCCUCGAUCCUAAUGUCGGCUUUGCUAACCCGAAUCCCGAGCAAAAGCUCCUCCAAGAGUUCAUCAACAACUACGUCGACCCCAGCACUUCCACAACUGCUAUUCAGACCUUCGGUGCUUCCACCAGCGGGUACACCGUCGACGUCUCCUUCUUGAGUAUUCUCGAACUCUCGGGAAAUGUGGACCCGUCCUCGCUCUCCGCCUCGGUCACGCUCUACGUCAAAAUCCCGCUCGCGGGUCGCAUCAGCCUGACGAAAAUUGAGGGCAGCUUGAUCAACGGUAUCACGGCCAACAUCAAUGUGAUAUUGGCGAGCGGUAGGGCGACCAUAUCUGCCCCAGUUGGUCCAUCGGGCAAGCACGACCUUACAAUCGACGCCACGCUCAGCAUCCAAUUUGUGGGCGACUUUGGAACUGGUGGAAAACACAAGAUCUUGACCCUUCCUUUCUAA